GGGUCCGGGGCGGGGCGCCGGCGCAGCGGUGACAUUGAGGGGCGCCGGGAAGGGCCGAGGUAGCGCCGCCGAGGCGGGAGGCCACGCCAUGUGGGGCCGCGUCGAUAGGGCUGUUAACCUGUUAGGAAGAAAUAUUCCCUCAGUUCUGAGGAUGACUACAGGAGUGGAUCUGAUGACAAGCAGACGAUGGCUUUGCAUUAAACCCCAUGAGGAAACUAAACUUCGGCCAAAAAGUGGUCCUGUUUUGAGGGUGCCUGGAUACAAGCCUACAGAGUGGGAGAGAAGAUUUUUAUUGUGGGCAGGCCAUUACAAAAAGCCAGAGGAUAUACCAGAGACUGUCUCGAUUGAGACAGUCCGAGCAGCAAAGACCACACUGCGUGUGAAGUUCAGCUAUGUAAUGAUGGCCUUGACAAUACUGGGAUGCAUAACCAUGGUGAUUAGAGGGAAACAGGCUGUAAAGAGGCAUGAAACUCUGACAAGUAUUAACUUGGAGAAGAAAGCUCAGUGGAAAGAAGAAGCUUCUCAGAGUGCAUCUGCUAAACCAUAGAAGAGGAAACGAAGAGACCAUGGACUGGAGAAGAAAACCUGAUGUCCUUUUCAGCACUGGGAAGAGGAUAUAGUCACAUCUUUCUUGUAUGCUAGUUCUGUACCUUCAAGAAUUAAUACAUUAUCCUGUAAUCAUUAAAACCAGAAAUACCUAUUUUCUUUUCCUAA